CGGGCCCGCUAAUAGAGUCUCUGCUACAGUCCGGCUUUUGUGCGCUCGCCGCUGGUCACCCGGUUGGGCGUACCUUUACCUCUCUUUCGCCUAAUUCUUCGGUGUCUUUUUCAAGCCCCGACUCACCAGUUUCAUAGUUUUAUCUUCCUUGCUCUUUAACUCUCGCCUUCCUUCGCAGAUCAGCAUGCAGGAAGAAGACGCCUCCCCACGCGGUUUCCUACCUAGGUUCCAACAUUUCGCUACGCAGGCCAUCCAUGUGGGCCAGGAACCAGAGCAAUGGACUUCCCAGGCCGUAGUGCCCCCCAUCUCACUGUCCACCACGUUCAAGCAAGGGGCUCCUGGCCGGCACUUGGGUUUUGAGUACAGCCGUUCUGGAAAUCCCACCAGGAAUUGCUUGGAAAAAGCAGUGGCAGCACUGGAUGGGGCUAAGUAUAGUUUGGCCUUUGCUUCAGGAUUAGCAGCCACUGUGACUGUUACCCAUCUCUUAAAAGCAGGAGACCAAAUUAUUUGUAUGGAUGAUGUGUAUGGAGGUACAAACAGGUACUUCAGGCAGGUGGCAACUGAAUUUGGAUUAAAGAUUUCUUUUGUUGAUUGUUCAAAAACCAAAUUGUUAGAGGCAGCUAUUACUCCAGAAACCAAGCUUGUUUGGAUUGAAACUCCCACAAACCCUAUCUUGAAGAUGAUUGACAUUGAAGCCUGUGCACAUACUGUCCAUAAACAUGGAGACAUUAUUUUGGUCGUGGAUAACACUUUUAUGUCGGCAUAUUUCCAGCGGCCUUUGGCUCUGGGAGCUGAUAUUUGCAUGUAUUCAGCAACAAAAUAUAUGAAUGGCCACAGUGAUGUUGUGAUGGGCUUAGUGUCACUUAAUUCUGAGAGGCUUCAUAAUAGGCUCCGUUUCUUGCAAAAUUCUCUUGGAGCAGUUCCAUCUCCUGUUGACUGUUACCUCUGCAAUCGAGGUCUGAAGACCCUACAAAUCCGCAUGGAGAAGCAUUUCGAAAAUGGAAUGGCAGUUGCUCAGUUUUUGGAGUCGAAUCCUCGGGUAGAAAAGGUUAUUUAUCCCGGGCUGCCCUCUCAUCCUCAGCAUGAGCUGGCAAAGCGUCAAUGCACAGGUUGCCCAGGGAUGAUCACCUUUUAUAUCAAGGGCUCCCUUCAACAUGCUGAGACUUUCCUCAAGAACCUAAAGUUAUUUACGCUGGCUGAGAGCUUAGGAGGAUAUGAAAGUCUUGCUGAGCUUCCGGCAAUCAUGACCCAUGCUUCAGUGCCUAACAGCGACAGAGAAGUCCUUGGAAUUAGUGACACACUGAUUCGACUCUCUGUGGGCUUAGAGGAUAAACAAGACCUACUGGAUGAUCUAGAUCAAGCUUUGAAGGCAGCGGUAAGUUUUAUUUUAGUGUGUGUGUGUGUGUGUGUGUGCGCACACAUGUGCUUAAUCUUGGGGGCGGGUGGGCCACUAUGUUUAUAGAGUGGACUGUAAACGUUUUCUCUUUUCUUAUUACAAUAUACAGGGUGUAUAAAUGUAUAGGGAACUCAGUCGAAAUGCAGAUUUAAAAGAAUGUAGUCUUCAGAAAAGAAUUCUUGGAGGAGGUGAAGUCUUUGCCUGAAGGUUUAAUAACAUAUUUUUCUUGUGCACCGUUAAUACAGCACCCUCCAAAUGCAAGUCACAACUAGCAUUCCAGAACUGCUAUUAGAGGUUGCUUCCUGUGAAGAUCAAAACUUCUGAAUAAUUGAAUGGACCAUUAAUGAGCCUUCACAGAAUUUUCAAGUGAAAAUUUUAAGGCACCUUAUUACCUUUCACAACUGUAAUCUUCCUGGGAUCAUUCCUGUUAAAAAGUUUCCUCUUUCCCGUAUUGUAAUUGACAAGUCAAUUCUGUUAAGAUCUUUUUGUUAAUUUGGAUAUACAUUUGCCUCUGAAGGAGGUGAGAUUUGUGCUGCUAUUGGGGAUUGUGUUCUUUUUUUCAAGCUUAAGAUUUAUGUUGAUCAUGUUUACAAUAUAAUGGUAUUUCAUUUUUGAUGCUUUCUGAGGAAUUUAAAUUAUUGAAUGAAUGUUCUUAAAUCAAGGGUGAUUUUGUAUAUUGGUGAAAAUAGCACUCAAAGCAAUGGUUUACACUUAAUUACCAUAAGCCAAAAAUCAAAUAUCUGAAACGUCUGUGAAAUUCUACUGAUUUAAGGUUGUACUUACUAUUUUUUUAAAAAAUAAAUCUAAUUAUCAAAUGUA